AUGUCAGGGGACCAGACAUCCCAGAGAUGUGACCACACCGAAAUCAGCGUCCAGAAUAUUUUCUACAGGUGGACCAUCAGCAACUUUCGUUUUCUUCUGGAGGAAAUUCAGGAAAGCACUAGAAGCCCAACUUUCUCAAUAGGAGCCAAUGACAAAUGGUGUUUGAGAAUACACCUGAAGGGAGUGGAUGAAGAAAGUGCAGAUUACCUGUCAGUUUACCUAGUGUUGCUCAGCUGUCUAAAGAGUCCUGUUUGGGCAAAGUUCCAGUUCUUGAUAUUAAGCACCGAUGGAGAGACAACCCACGGUGUUGAACUGGGAUUUGAAAAGUUCAUCCUUCGAAACUUCCUCUUGUCCUUUGUACCUUGGCUUCUCCCAGAUGACAAGCUCACCCUCCUCUGCAAGGUGAGCAUGGUUGAUGACUCUUUGAGCAACUCUGACCAGAACAGAAAGCCAAGAAUUCAGGUUCCUAGAUGCACCUUGGCAGAUGAGCUAGGAGAGCUGUGGGAGAAUUCCCAAUUCACAGACUGCUGCCUGGUGGUAUCUGGCCAGGAAUUUCAGGCUCACAAGGCCAUCUUAGCAGCUCGCUCUCCAGUUUUCAGAGCCAUGUUUCAACAUGACAUGAAGGAGAGCAGAAAGAACCACUUUGAGAUCCCCAACUUGGAGCCGCAAGUCUUCAAGGCAAUGAUGGACUUCAUUUACACAGGAACAGCACCAGACCUGGACAGCAUAGCAGAUACUCUGCUGGCAGCUACUGGCAGGUAUGGCCUGGAGCGUUUGAAGGUCAUGUGUGAGGAUGUCCUCUGCAGGGACCUCUCUGUGGAGAAUGCUGCCCACACUCUUGUCCUGGCUGACCUCCAUAGAGCAGGGCAUCUGAAAACCCAGGCAUUGGAUUUCAUUACAGCACAUGCUUCUGAGAUCUCUGAGACUUCAGGCUGGAAGACAAUGGUGGAGUCAUGUCCCCACUUGUUAGCUGAAUCAUACCAUUCCCUGGCUUCUGCUCACUGCUCUUUCCGGCAGCCCCCCUCAAACGCCUAA